AACAUGAACAUUUCAGGUCGUUAACAGCUGGAAAUGUAAAUUAAAAUCUAUACUACUAUCUCACUGGUUGGCCUUUGCAACUAUGGCUACAAAAGCGCCAAAUAAAAAGAUUUAGUAGCAUUAAAAAUGUUUGCUUUGAAAACAUAAGAGUAGAAGAGGAAAUUCAACACAGUGUAUUUGAUUAAUAGUAAUACAAUGACUGAGCUAGCCUCCAAUUUACAAAGCUGUACUCUAUGGCUUGCCUCUUAUACAUACACUGAGUUCCUUUCAAGGUAAGAUGUUAUAAAUAUUCUAUGAGUCUUUAUAUUGUGUUUUUUAUUACCAUUUUCCCGGCUGUCUAACAAUAGUGUGUACGAUAAAGCUGCUGUUAGCAUGCUAAUGUUAGCAUUGGUCUAUGUUGUCAUAGCCCAUACAGGCAGUUAGCUAUCUCACAAACUUUACACAUUUCAAACACAGCUUACUUCCAGUGUCAUGUCAAAAAAUGCAUAGUUUUUACACGUUGCAAAAAAUUACUAACUCUCUCCAUUGCAAUAACACAAAGCUAGCUAAGCAUUGCGCUAACGUUAGCCGGUUAGCUAGUUAGCUCGACGGAGCUGGAUCCUGUCAUGCUACCUUAAAUAAAACGAAUCCUCUCCUUUCCGCCAAGGCACGGUGUUUAAAACUAAAAAAGCCGAUAAUCGUCUAACAGCUACCAACAGGAUGCCGUUAAUUCUGCUACAUACUGAGCGCAGCAGUCUGGACCCGCAAACUAUACGGUGAUUAGAUUGCGUUAAAAUGUUAACACAGCGGCGGGCGGGCGAGGUCUGACGUCUGCUUAUUUCAGAAGGGUGAGAUCCAGCAGCAGCAGCAGCUCUCCGCUCGAAAACUAGUUUACCAGCUUCAGGAACAAACACACAACCGCUCAUUCAAACUGGGCUCACUACAUACGAGCAACCCACAAAAAUCCCCCCCACUAUGUUUAUCCAGUAAGAUGUAAAAUGACGGAAGUACAGGCCACGAAAACAGCGCGAUUCCUCCACAGACUGCUGCUGAUCUCUGUGUGAGGUUCACCGGCCCUCCUCACAAAAGAUCCCAUCCACACACCUAAACUUGCGUUAUCAUACGACUCUAUACAGCUGUAAUGGUAUGCGGAUAAGACAUACACGCUGAGGCAUGCUCUGUACAGUGCACUGUUAUGAUACUGUAUAUAAAAUGUUAAGAUAAAAACUAGAUUACUGGAAUCUGCACUGAAUUUACGCAUGAAAUGGUGUAUAAGCCACUGUUUUCGGCACCAUUUUGGACAGAAAUGUAGAGAAUUAACGUAGACCUAUGCAAAUAUGCAUUCCCAUAUAUUGUUGGAACCAACUGGGAGACAUUGAGUAGACUACUUUAACUUUCAUACAGUUUUCUCCCUAAACGUUGUUAUCAUCUAGCCUUAUGAGACUCACUUCCAUUCGGAAAUAAAAAGCCAUGUUGUUGAAUUUCUAACUAAUUUAUUUUUAUACUUCCCACACUUUCAGGGUCCACUGCAGCACAGGUCUCCCCAAAGUUAAUAUAAACACAGUCACUGACACGCUCAUAAAGUGACACCAGACUCAAGUAUCAAGCAGCAUUAUGUGUUAAAGCUUCGUUAUAAAUUUGAAUGUAUGUACCUUUAAUAUUUUUUAACUUCCCCAGUCUGCCUUAAAGAGCCAGGCAUGUGCUACUGAGAGCCUCCCCCUGUUCUCCCCACAACAAACUGCCUCUUGCCCUUCUUAAGGUAGACCACCACAGAUGCACUGUGUGAAUAGGCUGUGUCCAUUUCACACUGGAUAGGAAAGAGUUAAUUCCCACACUGACUGCACACUGUCUGUGAUUCUGCAAUGACUUUCUGGUGGGAGUGUUUGCAGUAGAUGUAUAAAAAUGCAUUUUCAUAUUUUUAUGAAACAUAUUUUUGGAUAUGGAUUAAGAAAACAUCAAACAAUUUUAGAAUAAUGGGUCUACUUUUAUAAUAAUCUACAGCACAGGUGUCAAACUUAAGGACCGGGGGACAAAUCUGGCCCACAAGAUCAUAUCAUAUUUGUAUUAUUAUUGGCCCAUCACUAUGAAGUCUGCAGAUUUCCUCCAGUACAAUAAUGUAAACUUUAGCACCAUCAUUUAAAAUGUCCUUAAUAAACCACAGAAAUCUGGGAAAUUAAAGAGUAAGGAAGAUUUGAUAAAGAGUCAAGAAUGUGGGGAAAAAAUAUUUGGUGGUUUAUUUCAUGUUUUCAAUUUUGCAUUUCAAGAUUAAAAGUCAAACCUGAUUGGAUUUUUUUAUUUCAGGCUUUGACUUACAAAUAGAGUUAUGGAUGUGAGAAGAUCAACAUUAAUUAAUAAACUCUCAUUUUUGGCCAGAAAAUGUGUACUAUUUAAUUGGACUAGCAACGAACGUCCCACUGUGACUCAGUGGUACAAAGACAUUUUUAGAAUUUUACCGAUGGAAAGGCUAAGUGCCAAAUUAAAAGGGAAUGAUGAUAUCUUUAUGGACACAUGGCGGCACCUUAUGGAUUACUUGCCUAAAGGUCUGAGUGAAACUAUAUGGAGGGGAGACGGUGGUUUAGGGGGUCCCAGACUGAGAUAAUGAUAAAAAAAUACUUUUUGUAUAAAUACAAGGACACAUAUUUCUUUAAUUUGAAUCAAAAUGAUGUAUGGUUCUAUGUAAAUUCUGAAAAUAAGAUCAAAUCUGAUUAUUAAAAAAUAAUAGAUCUACUAAGCUUGCAUUAUUAUUUUACUGUUUGGCUCUUAUUGCAGAGUUUGUAAACUAAUGAUCCUGUUUGUUGGCACAAACACCAGCAUACUCCAGUCUAGUCUAGUUGGCGUCUCAUUAUGACUUCACGUGACAUUGUGCUACUCUAAGAAUCUUAAAGUAAUCCCUUUGAGAGGGGAUUUACCUUGACACAAGUGUUGUUAAAGGAUGCAGGUGAGUUUUGUUGGCUAUCAUUAAAAUAACUUUUGAUUUUAUAAUCUUUAAAUGUAACCAUGCAAAGAUUGUGGUCCGCAAGGUCCUUUUCUUGACCUGUUUAAAAGAAAAAAAAAACUAGCUACUGGAAGUGUUUAUAUAUAUAUUUUUUUAUUUUGCAGGUGACCUCAGGAAGGAGGCUGCCAAGUAACCAGCCGGUGCUGUAAUAGGAAUAAGACAUAUGCUUAAAGGCUAGAUGCCUGUAAACAUGCCCGUAAAUCCAAUGUGUGCACUUACCGUAAUGCUCUUUAUGCACAACAUCAGAAAUCAGAUGGCACACGCGUUUUGCAGCCACAGAAAAUGGAGGGCUGCCCAUGAUGCACUAAAAGGAAGCGAAGCAAUAAAAGGAUUAGCAGGUACAUUUGAGUUAUCUGUUGUGAUUAAUUAGUUGAACUGUUUUUGACUAAAACUGUAGAAGCAGUAGCAUUGACAAUGUCGUAUUACUUUGUAAUGUUUAAAAACUGCUGUCAGUUGAGAUUGGAUGCUCUUCUUCAGUCUUCUUCAUAUUGCAUGUAAAUCUUUUCAAAUGUUCCAUAUUAAUAGAAUGCAGCUUUUUCUUAGACUGUAAAACAUAAAGUUGAGUUAAUAUGUGAGUUUUUAAAAAUCCGAAAAGAAAAAUACUAAUUUGUCAACUUUACUUUCCUGAGGUUGCAUUUUAAGAAUAAUGUAAUGUAUUAAAAAAAAUGUCACACCAUUUUGAAAAUAAAAGUGUUGUGUGUUAAACUUGCGCUCUUUUGUUUCUUUGAAUAAUUUAGAGCAGAAUAGUCCUUUUCUAAAAACACUAUACUGUGUUGUUAUAAUGGUUGCACACAUUAGGCUGAUUCACAUUAAACAUUCACGUUUCUGUUUCAAUGCUUUGUAUUUCUGGCGGGACAAUUUAUCAUCCAUAGACGCUGUAAAGUGGCUCACUAGAUUACUCAUGGGAAUAACCCUCCUUGAUAGGAUUGGCACACAAGAUUAAUUAUCUGGAAAUCUGUUUGACUCCUUACCUCUAAAGUCUGUCUACUAUCAGCUCGCACACAAUCAUUGUUCUCACGUUUUAACCGUUCCUUUUCCGUGGUCUUUCACAGGUCUUGAAAAUAUUCAGCAACAAUGCAGCAUUUAUCUCCGCUCCUGAUCGUGCUUACAGUAUCGCUCUCAACACUUGGAAGCAUUAUUCAAGAUUCACAUUCACUGGAAAAAUCUGCUCGUUUCCUGAGCAAAGACGGAGGCAAUGAGGACCUGGAAAUCUCAGCCAGUGAAGUUGUCUACCAUUCAGAAAGCGACGGGAACUCUGAAGAAAGCAGUGGACAUACUGGUGAUGGCACAGCAUUGAAGCUCAUCAGUCAAGACAUCCUCCACGGGGGGUCUGAACAAGCCAGAAAAGCAAACCCAUCCGCACCAGAAAUCUUAUCAACUAAAGCAACAACAUUUAGUCUUUAUCCCUCAGGACCUCAUGACCCCCGAGCUGACAAGAGUAGUGCUACAAUUACAGGAUAUGCUCAUUCCAGAGAGCAUUUUAUCUCAGAUGAGGCUCACUUUGGAGGCCGCCGGUUUACAGCUGAAGAACAGUGGAGACAGAGACACUCAUCCAGAGUAAAUGAAGACUUUCUGCAUGGUAAGUCAAGAUUUUACAGCAGAUUGAGGUCAAGUCAUACAUUCAUAACAUCAUUAGUCCCUAAGAUCUUUGCUCAGUCUCUUGCAUUAGACAUUAAGAGUUUCUCUCUCUCUUCCUGUCUCUCAUUUUCAGCUUUCAACAGCCCUGAUCACCCGCUCCAAAACAACGUGUUCACAUCUCUGACCAAACCGGAUUUCUCAGGACCAAGAGUUUCUUGUGUGCUUGGUCGUUGUGUUGUUUCCACGAGCUUAAAUGGCACCAAUCUGCUCUGGGAUGAUAUGAGGCGUACACUGGCAUUUGCUUGGGAGCUACAUGUCUUUGGAUCAGCAAGUCUUUUCAUGUUAAUUGCAGGAUUGGCGGUAGUGGGAAUGGCUGGUGCGUGCACUCGCCCUCGUCCCUUUUGUGACGCCUUGAUCUCUGCAAACUGUCUCCUGAUCCUGAGUGGGACUCUACGCGCUGUCCUCCUUCUACUAGACCCUUAUGGUACUUGUCAGGUCCUGUCUCGAGCUACUCUGGCAGCACUGCAUAAUGCUCCUCUUCAGCUCCUGUUGUGGGCACAGGUAGCCCUGGCUCUGGUCACACUCAGAGGGUUGAAUCUGAUGCUUUUUCCAUUAAACCUGCAGCAGCAUCCAUGGGUGGUUGGAGUGCUGGCUAUAUCAGUAUGCACUUCAUUAUUUCUCGCAGACCUUUUCUCUCCAACGUUGUCACCGGCUCUUCCGCUGUUGCUCCAGACCUUCUCCCUCUGCUGGGGCCUUCCAUUCUGCACGGUAAUCCUCGUUAAGUCAUUUUCUCGUCUACAUUCCUUCCUCAGGUCCUCUGUCCCUCAGUGGGUUCCUUCACAGAGGAUUGAGAGACGGGCAAAGCGAGUUACAGCAGUGUGCGCCUUACUCGGGGUUCUCUGCUGCAGCCUUCAGAUGUAUAGUCUCCUUUGGCUUUAUGGGCUUUUGGGGAACUGGAGGCGCUUCAGCUGGGGCUGGUGGCUCAGCCAGUUUUGGGCCAGAAUCUUUGAGGUGUCCUGGGGGUUUUCUUUGCUUGUCCUGGGAUCCUGGAUCUUCUGGACACCCUCUAUGGUUCAAUCAAGGGGUGAUUCAGGACAAUUUACAAGCAAACCUUCCAAAACAAUGGACCAAAACAACUUAUUGAGUAGUUUCUUGGUUCACAUACAUAAUGGAACAUUUAAAAAGCCUGAGAAAUCCUGGGAAGACCUCAUACCGAGCAACUGGACAAAGUAUAACCUGUCGAGAGCAGGUUUUAACGACAAAGCCAUGUGUCCGUACGAUGAUCCACUAUCCACUAUUAAAGCAGAAUACAAGCCAGAUCCUGGAUGCAAUAAUAGUGCCUAUGACUCCCAGGCUGCUCUUCUGUGGCAGAAACAAGUAAAUGAACGUGAUUGUAUUCUCUCACUAAUAGAGUUUGACGUUUCUAACGUUAACUUUGGAUGCAACAGUGACGACACUCGACAUGACGGGCAGCUUGUGGACAGAGGUCUUUUCACACCUCAACCCCCCUCUUGGACUGAGACUGUGGGCAGAGAUGUUGGUGCUACAACAUUCUCUACAGAUUGCAGUGGCUACCGCUGGACCAUGGACACAGAGUUAAAGGAGCCGGCACAGCCGCCUUGUGCUGCUGGUUAUUGUAACAGUGGUGUGUGGUUUCAAGCUCCCGCACAAUGGAUAGAAGAAUUAAAUUCAUCUGGGAUGUAUCUACAAGACUGGUCAGAUGAUGACGUGACAGACCUUUAAAUUGUCUCUUCAUUUAUUUCGGUCAAUUUUCUACCCUCUGUGAAACGUAACAAUCCCACACAACACAGUCACUUAGCAGACGUAUUGGUGUAUCACGGAGAAUUUGACGAGUUGUAAUGUUUCUAACAUGAUCAAUAACUGAAAAGGCAAAAAUCAGCAACUUUUUAAAGGGAAACGGGAAUAUCUUCAAGAAACAACAUGUUUGGUAACCUGUUAGCUACCUUAUUGACCACAGAAAAUGUCAGUAUACUAAAUGUCCUUGACUAAAUGCCAUCCAACAUUGCAGCCGACACAGAUGAGGCAGAUAGAAAUCAGCUGUAACUCAGUUUUUGGUACCCUCAGGCAAUUUCUUGCUAUAGUUUUGUUUAUAAAUCCGUUUUUGUAUGCUGAUAUUUUUAGAAAAGGCAGAGCCCAUGAACCCACAAAUACAAUAUGUGAUUACUGACAGGGUCUGAAGUCAGAGGACUUAAACUAGCUGAUGUCAGCUGAAGCCUGUUUGAUUAAUGCUAGCCACAUGUGGGACCAAAGAGGCUAUGGUGAAUGUAAAUCAAGAUCAUUCAUUUAAUUGUUCACGUUUGUUUUUCUUUGUGUUGUUUCAGAGAUUAACUAAUAUAAGCACUUUCACAUAGAAAACAUUGAAGAAUUGUUUCUUAGUGAUUCUAUUCCCAAUUCAUUUACCACCUGAACACCAAGUCUGUAGUUUACACCAUGUCACGACAUGACUUCAUGACUGUAUGAGUUUGAUUUGAAGGCAGUGUUAAUUCUAAAAUAACAGGACAGAGUAGUUUUGGCCUGGUAGCCUUUUCAACAGUAACAUAAUAUUGACAAGCAGCAGUUUGACUUGCUAGCUAAAUAUAUAAUGUGUUACUUUUAACUUGAAGUAAUGCUCAAUGUCCCUCCAGGUUGUCACUGAGUUUUGGCUGUUGAUCAAUUUCUCGGUGUUGAAAUGAUAAUGAUUUGUAGCAAAGUCUCCUCUUUGGGAUAAUUACCAUUAUAUCAUUACCAUGAUAUCAGAGGAAGAUGGCUGCUACAUCAACAUAGAGAACAAAUGGACUGAAAUCCCCCUGCUGAACAUGGCCACAGCUAGUAUUAGCUGUUUUUCCAUUUUACAAAUAUGACAUGAUAUCACAAUUUUAUCUCAAUAUUUUGGAUGAGGCCAAUUUUUAGACAACCUUUUUUCAUUACUCUUUAAUAUAUUUUAUAAUAUAUUUUCAUAACUCUUUAAACUUAUUCCCAGUGAAUACAGUGAGGGUCUCAUAAUAAUCAAGUUGAAUUGUGUUUCUAUUUUUGCUAAUGUUGAAUAAACUGCUUUUAAUCAAUAAGCUUAGAGUUACUGUCUGAGGCAGUUUUUUUGUUUGACUUCAUUACGUCACUGAAGUUACUUAUGUCUAUAGAUUAUCCUUGAUAAUAAAUAAUGCUGUUAUGUUCUUAAAUAAUUAAAAUAACAUUGAUGUGGUCAUGGCAUUGCUUGUAAAUGAAGAUGAUUGAUAAGUGUUGGCUAUAACACUGAGUAACAUUCAAAAAUUUCAAAUAAAUCAUUGUUACAGUUGUGAGUUUUUUUCUGGAUAAACUUUUGUUGAACUUGAGAAAGAGAAUAAGUGUUCCUAAUAAACUGGCCUGUGAUUUGCUCAUUGUUUAGGCAACAUUGAUCAAUUUAUGACUGCUGGUAUUGGCAAUAACAAAACUACACCAUUAAAUCUGGGAUUACUCCUAUAAUAUUUGUACAUAAUGAUUUAAUUCUGAUAUUUUACAACCAAUUAACUUAACAUCUCCCACCAAAUGCCGUCUCACACCAGCACGUUAACCACAAAAAACACCUUCAGAUGUCUGCCACUAUUUGACGUCGUCACACCCGCACUGUCAUAAUGAGAGAAGCUCAUCUCCUGAACAAACUCUUCUCCAAGCAGAAACAUCCAUCAGCAGUCGACAAAACACAACAUAACAUGGAAAAAAAAAACUAAAUUUACAGAAAAUUAAGAAAGAGCAGACUUUGUUGCUCCUCCGGGUUCUGGAAUGUAGGUAUUUGCAAUUAUAUUAAAUAUCUGGCCAGUCAAUAUUGCACAUAGAGGUAACACUGAGUUAUGGUCUAUUAGUUGUGCUAAAAAAACCUUGACUACUGGGAGCAGGCUUGGAUAAACAGUCUGACUAAACAGUUAAACUGCAGGAAGGACCUGCAGUAUCUCUCUGUCACACACUGAGGGUGAAGAAGCCUGCCACUGAAGGAACUGCCCAGUGCUGUGGGUAUGAUUGAUCAUUUCGGCUGCUUUGCAUAGUUAAACUGAUGUAUUAUUCCUGCUACAUGCGAUGGUGGUGAAGAGUGGUGGUUUUGCAGUAAAUUAGCCUCUGUCAAGCGAAAGUGAUGUAACCUAUUUUUCCAUCUGUUAGCUCAAAAGAAAAGAGUAAGUUAAUUUUCGUAUCUAAUAUAUUAAACUGAUGUAGGACCUAGACUGUACAGCAGCCUUCAGCAGUUGUGGAUUUGCUGUGGAGGUAUUUUUAUGAGAACUGGUGCUUAACCAGACCCUAUAACAGAGGACUAUAGAGAGAGCUAUGGUAUGGUGGGCCCUCUUGUGGUUACAAAUAGAAGUCGCAGUGAAUGGGACUUUCUCAGUUUGUUUCCUUGUAGGGUAAUGGGUAUUUACUCUUCUGGCAGAUGUUGAGUCACGCACCCUGUUGCCAGACAUGACAAGUCUACCACAAUAACAACUACAUCCUGUAGUAUCCUCAUUCCCUCCCAGUGUCCUCUGAUCCAAAUAUUUACUUAGUGGCCGGUGUUUCCUGGUGCCACUCAUCCAAUGUAGACUCUAGUCUCCACCACAGGUAAAUUUGGCACCAGUAUGUGCACAUUACUUGUACGGAGCUGAUACUGAGAGUAAUUCUGAAAACCAAAAAGCACUUGCAGCUCUGUACCCUUCACUCAGGCCACAUGAGUCCCUUUAGUUUCCUCAAUACUCCACAGUAUACUUGUAUCCUCAGACUGACCAGAUCACAAUGAACCCUCCUCUUGAAUACCCACAAACUCCUGCACCCAUAACUACUUCAACAAGCAACACAUCUUCCAUCCUAAAGCCUGCUGCCCCAAAGCCAUUUCAUUACCAACACCCUAUGUACCAGCCUAUUCUGUUCUUCAAUAGGCUCCCGUUCCGGUAUUUCCUGAUCCCCCAGCUCAAACCCAGUUCAAUCGGGUGAAUGUCAGCCUGAUUAUUGUGCCCUGCCCUCAUUUUGUUUGUCAUCAAGGCAAACUGGUGGCAGUAAGAAACUGACAGAGGUUCUACAGGCGGUUCCCAAAUGUGCCUUUCCCACAUGUGUCUGUCUAACUUCAAAGAUGAGAAAAAUCGUUCAAAAUAUCCUCCCUCAUUUUUGUUUUUUAGAAAGAAAUGGAUAAAAGCGAUGUGUCACAGAGCAGGCAACUUUAGUUUCUGUUGCAUACAGUAAAAUUUAAAUAAAAUUAAACUCAAAGUUUGCUACUCAGCUGUCUACUAAAUUAAUUGAUUGCUGUUUGAGGUAAUGGCUGUAAAUUGAAGUUUAAUUUAUGAUGGUUCAUGUCUGGAUUCCACAAACCAAGGUCAUGGGUGGAUCAUCAUCCAGUUUGAUUUUUGUGUAAAUAAAUGUAUUAUCAUCUAGAAUAUUGAAAGGGUGAUUCAAUACAAUAGAUGCCAUUUUCAGUUUAUUUUUUUAGAAGUAAAACAAACGUUUAUCCCAUCGGAUUAUUAUUUAAUUUAAAGGUCUACAAAAAACACAGUAAAAAGAAACAUAGAGCAGGGGAGGGUGGGGUAAGAUGAGACAUUUUUCAUAUUUCAGAUCACUACAUCAAGUCAAUCAUAGUUUUGUCUCUAACUAGUGUAUCUGCAUAUAUUUUAAGAUGUUGUGCAUCCCUUCAAACCAACAGAAUGAGUGUAAACAUAACUGUCUUGAUAAUAUAGCAUGCCAAAAACAGUGGUCUCCUAUGUCAAAGAUAAAUUUACACAACAUAUGUCAAAAUAAACAGUUUGAGAAGGAAUAAAAUGAAGCAAGAAGCUUAUCUAAUCCUAUCCCUUCCUUGCAAAUUAGACAUAAAAAAAAAAUCAAUUUGUAUAAAUUACAAAUAUCUGUAUAAAUACCGACAUAUUGUACACAAAGAUAUCUGCUCAACAUUAAUUGGUUACUUAUUAGACAUACUUGCAUAUUACGAUAAUAAUCAGUGUUAUAAUAUUCAGAAUCAUAAUUACUUUUAUGCAAUCAAGUAUAUCUUGUAUAAAAAAGACAAAAAGCAGCAGCCUCCUAAACCUUUUUAACCGGAUCACCUGCACGGCUCAGACGGGAUGGCUCGUUGCCUCCGGUACUC